GGACACACAUCUUCUGGGAGAACCUGGAAUUCGUAAUAAUGCGGCGAUGUGGCAUCGUACUUUGGACAGCGGUCAGGCGGAAUGUCUGAGUGACUGACGACAUGGGUGUGAAUGCAUCGAGCUACCCGCACUCGUGUUCCCCAAGGGUUGGGGGAAAUGCACAGACGCAGCAAACCUUUAUAGGAACAUCCUCCUACUCCCAGCAAGGCUAUGGCUACGAAUCGAAGCUCUACAGCCUGGAGCAUGGACACGAAAAACCCCAAGACAAGAAAAAGAAAACCUCCGGCCUGGCCACGCUCAAGAAGAAAUUCAUCAAGCGUCGGAAGACGAGCCGCUCCGCUGAUCACGCCAAGCAGAUGCGGGAGCUGCUCUCCGGGUGGGAUGUCCGAGACGUUAAUGCACUUGUGGAGGAAUAUGAGGGAACAGCAGCCUUAAAAGAGCUAUCCUUACAGGCCAACCUGGCCCGGCCAGAGACCAGGACUUUACAGAAGGACAUGGCUGACUUGUACGAGUACAAAUACUGUACGGACGUUGAUUUAAUAUUCCAGGAAACGUGCUUUCCUGUCCACCGUGCCAUAUUGGCAGCAAGGUGUCCAUUUUUUAAGAAGCUGCUCUCGUCCUCUCCGGAAUUUGGGGCAGAAAUCAUUAUGGACAUUAACACGGCUGGCAUAGACAUGCCAAUGUUCUCGGCCUUGUUACACUACCUGUAUACGGGCGAGUUUGGCAUAGAGGACUCCAGGUUCCAGAACGUGGAUAUCCUCGUUCAGCUUAGCGAGGAAUUCGGUACACCAAACUCGUUGGACAUUGAAAUGCGUGGACUGUUCGAUUACAUGUGCUACUACGACGCGGUGCUUAGCUUUUCCUCUGACUCUGAGCUGGUGGAAACGUAUGGCGCUCAGAGCUGCCUGGAAGAGGAGCUCCGAGCGCACAAGGCGGUUCUCUCAGCGCGUUCUCCGUUCUUCCGCAACUUGCUGCAAAGGCGAAUACGGACUGGGGAGGAGAUUACCGAUCGGACUUUAAGGACUCCGACUAGAAUCAUUCUAGACGAAUCCAUCAUACCAAAAAAAUAUGCAAAGGUCAUUUUGCAUUGUAUGUACACGGACGUAGUGGACCUGUCCUACGUCUUGCACUGUAGCCCAUCCAUCGGGAGCCUGAGCGAAGUUCAGGCUCUGGUAGCAGGAAAGCCCAACAUGACCCGGGCGGAAGAGGCCAUGGAGCUCUACCACAUAGCACUGUUUUUAGAGUUUAACAUGCUGGCACAAGGCUGUGAAGAUAUCAUAGCGGAGAGCAUUUCUCUGGACACAUUAAUUGCCAUCUUAAAAUGGAGUUCUCAGCCGUACGGCUCCAACUGGGUCCACCGGCAAGCUUUACACUUCCUCUGCGAAGAGUUCAGCCAGGUCAUGAUCUCCGACGUCUUCUACGAGCUCAACAAGGACCAUCUGCUGACCGUCAUCCAGUCGGACUAUCUGCAGGCAAGCGAACAGGAUGUCCUGAAAUAUCUUAUAAAAUGGGGGGAAUAUCAACUGAUGAAGAGGAUUGCUGACAGAGAACCUAAUCUCUUGAGUGGAACGGCGCACAGCGUGAACAAGCGAGGGGUGAAGAGGAGAGACCUGGACGUCGAGGAGCUACGGGACAUCUUGUCUCCUCUGUUGCCAUUUGUCCGCAUUGAACACAUCCUACCUAUGAACAGUGACGUGCUGACUGACCCUAUGAAGAGAGGUCUGAUCAGCACUCCCCCAGCAGACAUGCUGCCGACUUCAGAUGUGGGCAAAUCGAACUCAUGGCUGCGGCAGAAGAAUGCAGGCAUAUAUGUCAGACCUAGACUGUUCUCGCCUUAUGUAGAGGAGGCCAAGUCUGUGCUGGAUGAGAUGAUGGUGGAGCAGACAGAUUUGGUUCGGCUAAGAAUGGUUCGAAUGUCUAACGUUCCUGACACACUGUACAUGGUAAACAACGCCGUGCCGCAGUGCUGUCACUUGAUCAACUACCAGCAAAUGAACAGUAGCCAGACAAACCCUCCUACUGUAGUAGCCAAUGAAAUACCAGUUCCCCCACUUGGAAUUGUGAGAGAGAUGAUCAGACGCCUGCAGGAGCUUCGACACAUGGAGCAAGUUCAGCGCGCGUACGCCUUAAACUGUGGAGAAGGUGCUACUGUCAGUUAUGAGAUUCAGAUCCGGGUUUUGAGGGAAUUCGGUCUAUCUGAUUCCGCUGCAGAGCUGUUACAGAAUCCUCACAAGUUCUUCCCAGACGAGCGGUUUGGAGAUGAGAGUCCUCUUCUGACGGUGCGCCAGUCCGGGAGAUGCAGGAUUAACAGCACCCCUGCCGCGGAAACCAUGUUUACGGACAUAGACUCUUACGUGGCCUUCCAUCCUCCGUUACCUCCACCACCACCUCCUUACCACCCGCCCGCCACGCCAAUACACAACCAGUUAAAAGUGGGCUGGAAGCAGAGGGUGCCCAGCCAGCAUCCCUCCCGCUCCUUCUCCUACCCCUGCAACCAUUCAUUGUUCCAUUCCCGUACUGUCCCUAAAGCAACCCCACCCUCUUACCUGCCUGGCGUCAAAACCAUCCCCCCUGAUUGCACUAACACUGGCCUUGGCAGGCAGACCGUAGCAGCAGCUGCAGCAGCUGCCCUAGCAGCAGAGCAGCAAGCGUGUGGCGAGCCAGUUCUGAAUGAGUUUAUGCCGGACAUCGCGAUGGGCGUUUCCAGCAUGUCGCUGAAAGACAGGAGGCUGCCAGAAUUGACCAUCGAUAGCCAGCUAAGCCAGCAGGUGUCGGACAUGAUGCCGGUCCCCGCCCAGCACCACACAUACGUCCCAAGCAGACAUAUGCACAGUUCCCGGAAAAAGCAAACCAUGGAGCCAAAAAUUGAUUCCCGCGACAGCCAGCCGGAAUAUCCGGAAUUCUACAACUUCUCCAAUUCCGCGUGCCGACCGUCUACACCCGUGCCGAGCAGGCGCUCCCCUUUGACUUCGCAGGGCAUUUAUUUUGGUCCCGAUCUGUACAGUCACAGCAAACCUCCGCCGAGCGGAUUAAAAUCCGCUUACCAUCCCAACCAGAUCUCCCCAAAAAAGCAAGACGAUCCAAGGAGGGAUUACCUGUUCUCGCAAGACAGUCACCCCCACAGGCAAAAGAAUGAACCCUUACACCUCGAUGUCUUAGAACAGCCGCCACAGAGACUGGAUCUGGCGCUGGCCGCGCAAGAGGGUACCAGCUCUCACCACGGCCGGGGCCGAACGAAAAUGGAGUCCGACCUGACAUAUGGGCUCACCGCUAGCAGACCCCCUCACUCUGCCUACGGUUCCGACCGGCAGGAGGAGCGAUCAUUCAGGAGGAUUACAGACAGUGACCACCUGGAUCACUCGACACAGAGGAACAUGGACCUAGAGCGGGAUGACACCGUAGGCAGGGAAAGAAGGUCUCCCAAUAAACCCGACUUUCUCUACAAAAAAUCAGCCCUUUGAUACAAUAACCUCUCAACGUGAUCUCCGUGCCUAAAACUACACCACCUUCCUUGGGUUUAAUUCCAACUGACGUCAUUCUACGCUUUGCUCUAUAUUUUCCUUUCCUCGUAGCUGGCCUCGGCCUCAUUUACAGCAGACGUUUAAUUUUUGCAGAUAUA